UAUCCACCAUCGUUGGCUAGAGCCCUUGAUUCUCAACGCUCGCUGUUUUCGCUGAUGCCAUGCUGGGCUAGGGGCUUCGGAUAGAAAAGGCAUUUGCCUGUAUCCGGGUUAGACAUUGAAGGAAAAAAGUUUCAUGUCUGUCUGAAAACGUAUAACAUGAGCUUGCUCUAACAGACGGUAUUUAUGCGGAUAUUCGAUACUCUUGCGCUUUUUCAUUUUACGCUAACGUCGUUUUCUUGUUAGCUAACGUUAGCUGUCUGGCUUCUUUUGUGUUCUGCUUUUCUUCCUCUUUUUUUCAUUAGCCAGUUAGCUUGCUAGCUCGACUGGACUUUAUGCCUGAGAUGUGGACUUGAUCAUGGCCGCACAAGUGGCAACAGCCCCAACAUCAAAUGGUAAGAAAAGGUCGAAUUUAGCUAGUAGCUUGAGUCAAGAUUUGAAAUCUGGCAAGUCUGGAGUAGUUGGUGGAGCUGUGCUUGGGGUAGGAAAUGGGACUAUCGUUCAUGCUAUGAAUAAUGUAGAACGCCAUGAACUGAACCCGACCAGUAGAGCUCGAGCUUCUCCUGCAAACAACGAUUCGAAUCCACGUGAGAAGGAAAGUAGAGAUUCUAGAUCGGCGUCUUUUUCGACUUCAAAUUCUAGCAUGGAGGCGGGAAUGUUUGUUAGUCAUAAAGUGAAAAAUGUUGGUGGUGAAGAUACUCCAUCUCUCCACCACACACCUCCUCAGCAACAGCCAUUCAACCAAUUCCUUCAGCACCAACAACGCCAAAUUCAGAACAACAACCAGCAGUCGCUACAUGGAGAAAGUGGAAACCGCCAACAUGGGGAAAGUGGAAACCGCCAACAUGGAGGAAAAGGGAAUGUUGUUUUAGGGAAUACAGUCGAACGCCAUCAGCAACAGGAAAUGCUGAAUAAAAAUGAGGACGACCAACCGAGCAAAACGGAAGACCGGUUGGACAGCAGGUACGAGCAUGCCAGUUCGGGACCAACAAAUAACAACAUCAACCCGUCCCAAAGUGGUACCAGCUCGGUUUCGGAGUUUAAUAGUUAUUAUGGAAAUGGUAAAGGAGGGCCUUGCUUUGAUCAACAUGGCGGACAACAAAGCCCUGGGUCUGGGAUAAUGCAUUCGGUACAACAGAAUAUGGAUCAAGUUCAACAAAACUCCCACGAAGGGUACCACAACAACCCGUACAACCACUACCCGACUUACCGACCUGGCUACGGUAAUAGUGGAUAUGGGAUGAUGAGUCCCUCUCGGCAGGGGAACAACAUGAUGGGCCUAGGCAGCAACACGUCUGCUGCUAAUCAUAGCAAAGCUGCCAUGGCCGCUGCCUCUUCUGGUGGUGCUAAUGUUGGAGGGUUUCAGAGAUUUCCAGGGCAAACUCAACAACAUCCUUCGGGGGCUACCCCAACUCUAAACCAGCUACUGACAUCCCCGAGCCCUAUGAUGCGGGGCUAUGGCGGUGGCUAUCAAGAUUACACUAAUCCCUCUGCUCAACAACAACAAUCAAGCAUGGGGCUGACCAAAGACAUAAACCCCCAAUACGGUUCAGUUACACAUGUUUGGGGAGGACAACAAAGAAAUCACCCUGCCAUGAGCCCUGGAAACAACGGACAAGGAAGUGGCAGAUCACAGGUGCCACCCAUGGACGCCAUGGCCAUGAAGCGCUCUCAGCUCUACGGCAUAGGCAACAACCCUUACUCCCAGCAACAACAGGGCGGGGGCGGUUCUUACCCUGGCCAGCCAUACGGAUCGCCUUCUCCUCACCGCUAUCCAAUGGGAAUGCACGGGAGGGGUCAGGUGGGCAUGAGUGGAAUGCAGUAUCCUCAACAGCAGCAGCAGAUGGUAGCCCAGUAUGGACAGCAGCAUCAGGGGCAGCAGGGUGGGUACUGCCAGCCGCAGGGCCAAUCCCCGUACUUCAGCCCUCCCCAGCAACAGCCCACCGCCCCCACACCCCCCUACAUGCAGCCACGCCCACCACCACCACCACAACAGGAUGUGUCACAGGAGGGCUAUGGCAACAGGGGCCAGUCUGCUAUGACCCCUGGGAAGCCCAACCAUGAGGAGAUGGGCCUCAGCCAGCAGGACAGACCUUCCAGUCUACCUGACCUGUCUGGCACCAUAGAUGACCUUCCUACGGGCACAGAGGUGGCCGUCAGCUCAGCGGUCAGUGCUUCGGGGUCCACCAGCAGCCAGGGCGAGCAGAGUAACCCGGCCCAGUCGCCAUUCUCACCCCAUGUAUCCCCGCGCCUCCCCGGCCUGCGCAGCGGCCCCUCGCCCUCCCCCGUGGGAUCACCUGUUGGCUCAAGCCAAUCACGCUCUGGCCCAAUCUCCCCCGCCAGCGUCCCAGGCACCCAGAUGGCCCCCCAGACCCCUGGGAACAUGUCUGAUGUGGGCUCCCAUUCCACCCUGAGCCAGUCCCCCAUGUCUCAGGAGAGAGGGUUCCCACCUGCCAUGCAACGGAACACCCCAGGCCCCCAGCAGUCGGGCCAGGGGCCCCCCGUGUCCCCUCACCCCUCCCUGGGGGGCUCCAUGCACCCGGGCUCCUAUCAUCAGCAGCAGCAGGGGGGCCCUGGCCCCUCGUACGGAUCCCAGACCAGCCAGUACGGCCCCCAAGGUAACUACCCCAGGCCCCCGAACUACGGCGGGGCUCCCAGUGCCAACUACAGCGGCCCCGGCCCUGGCAUGAGCAACAGUUUGGGCAUGAACGCCAGCAGCCCCAUGCAUGGCCAGGGCCCCGGACAGCCCUGUGGCUCCAUGCCCGCCGGGCGAGGCUUGGGUCCAGGGGCCAGCGGGCGCCCCUACCCCUGUGCCACCACCAACACCAUGGCCCCCACCUCUCCCAGCAUGCCGCAGCCUGCCGGACAGGGUCAGGGCAUGAGACCGCCCCUGCCCAACGUUAACCGCAAGCCGGGCCACGAGGCAGGCCCCGGCCCCAACGCCAUGCAGGGUCCAAACGCUGGUUCCAACCCCUCUGCCCAGGGCCGGCAGGGAAUGACCCCCAUGCCGCACCACCCUGGCAUGAACCCCAUGGGCCCCGGAGGUGUGGGCCCCAGCCCUGGAGGCCUCUACAGCCAGCAGCCAGGAGCUAACACCUCUGGAAGGAUGACCCCACAGGGGCCCCACCCGCUCUACAACGCACCCCCACCCUCAGGGCCCAUGCAGAUGGGAGGAGAGGGGAUGGUGGGUCCCCCUGACCCCAAACGGAGGCCUCCAGAGCAGCACAGGGAGGGCAACACUCCUGCCCCUGCCGUCGAACCACCACCUAAACCCAAGGACCGCUACAGCUCCUCUCAGUGUAUGUCCCAGCCCCCCCCAUGUCCCCUGUCCCCCAGCCCUGCUAGUCUGUCCUCUUGUCAUGGGGCGCAGGACAGCAGAGAUAUCAUUAGCAGCCACCCUGCUGGGGCCUGGCCAAAGACCCCCACCAGCCCUAAGCCCAGCCCGGCCACCAUGACCAAUGAGAAGAUCCGCAUCCUGUAUGAGAUGGGCGGGGAGCCCGAGAGGAGGAUGUGGGUGGACCGCUACCUGGCCUUCAUGGAGGAGAGGGGCACGCCCGUACCCAUGCUGCCUGCCGUGGGCAAGAAGCCCCUGGACCUAUGCCGCCUCUAUCUGUCUGUCCGAGAGAUAGGAGGCCUGGCUAUGGUGAACAAGAGUAAGAAGUGGAGGGAGCUGUCUACCCACCUCAACGUGGGCACGUCCAGCAGCUCUGCCAGCUCUCUGAAGAAGCAGUACAUCCAUUACCUGUUUGCCUUCGAGUGUAAAGUGGAGCGGGGAGAGGAGCCGCCGCUGGAGAUCCCGGGAGAAACCAAGAAACAGGCCCAGGCGCACCAGGCUAGGAUCCAGCCGCCCUCACCAGCCAACUCCGGCUCCCUACAGGGCCCCCAUACCCCCCAGUCUACAGGCAGCAGCUCCAUGAGUGAGAUGCCAGAGGGUAUGAAGCGCCCCACCCCAGCCACCACACCCCAUGGACACAUGACCCCACAGCCAGGAAACAGGAACAGUGGUGGUAUCCGUGUCCAGGAUCCCUUCUCAGAGAUCAGUGACCCUGCCUUCCACAAGCGAGGGCCUAUGCCCUCUGGCGCCCCCUAUCAGCAGAGUGGCGGUAGUUCAGACCCCUCCAUGAGGAUGCAGUACGACGCCAACAAGGACCUCUAUGGAGGGCCCCAGAAAGGGCCAGGGGGCAGUGAGUCCUAUGGACCAGGUCAGAUGCCCAGCGGUGCCGUGCAGGAUAUGUACCCCCGUGGUCCUCCCUCAGGAGCCAUGCCAGGGAUGGGCAUGGGCCCCGGCCCGCGGCCACAGUACCCCUACGGGCCUGGCUACGACAGAAGACCAGACCAUGUGAUGGGUCCAGAGGGGGGUAUGGCUCCCCCUGGGGGUCAGAACAAUAUGGGACCUUCCAGCGGUGACCCCAGCAUGUACUCUGCCAACAGAUACCCUCAGCAGAGACCACAUGGACAUGAGAGUUACGGGCAGCAGCAAUACCCUCACGGCCCCAUGCCCUACGGCUCUCACCAGCCUGGAAUGUAUCCACAGCAACAGGGCUAUAAGAGGCCAGUAGGACCAGAGGUUAUGUACGGUCCCCCUGCUAAGCGCCAUGAGGGUGAGGCCUACGGCAUGCAGCAGUACGGAGGACAGCAGCCAGGCAUGUACAGCCAGUACGGGAGGAAUUACAUGGGGCCAGAGCGCAGGCCCAUGCAGGGCCAGUACCCUUACCCCUACAGCCGAGACCGCAUGGGGGCCACGCAGGGGCCACAGCAACACGCCAUGAUGAGUGGUGGGCCCCCUGCUUCUUCCGGAGCCUCUGCAGAGGGCCCACAGCUUAACAUGUGGCACCCCAGGACAGACAUGGGCUACCCCGGGCCUUACCGUGGCCAACUGGGCCAGGGGCCCCCUUACCCUGGUUUGGGACGGGGCCCGGGGGAUGACCCAGAGGGAAGGAACUCCCCAGAUGGGCUGUGGCCCCCCGGACCUCCAGGCCAGCACCAGCCCCCGUAUCCACCCCACUCCUCCUCUGCCUCCUCCAUGCCCCCAAUGGCAUCCAGACAGCCCACCUCCUCCUACCAAUCCAACCCCGCCAUGGCCAACCACAUCUCUAGAGCCCCCAGCCCCUCGCCCUUCCCCCGGCCCAUGGGGGGAUCCGGACCCCUGUCCCCCAACAAUGGGGGCCCCUACAUGGCAUCUCUGAAGAAGGCAGGGAUGCCCGGAUCCAUGCCAGGCUCACUCGGCGGAGGGAUGUCAGGGCAGGGCAUUCUACCUCUCCACAGAGAUAUCAGCUUCCCCGUGGGGUCAGUGGAGGCCACCCUGCCCAAACUCAAGGCCCGACGCAGACUUACCUCCAAGGAGACCGGAACUCCGGAGGCGUGGCGCGUGAUGAUGUCCCUUAAGUCAGGUCUGCUGGCGGAGAGCACGUGGGCCCUGGACACCAUCAACAUCCUGCUGUAUGACGACAACACUGUGUCCUCCUUCACCCUCGCACAGUUGCCUGGCUUCCUGGAGCUGAUCGUGGAGUACUUCCGCCGGUGCCUGAUCUCCAUCUUUGGGAUCCUGGAUGAGUAUGAGGUGGGCACAGAGGGACAGAGAACGCUGCUAGGACCAAUCGCAGACCAGGAGGAAGAGCCUACCGUUCCAGAGCUCGGCAGCCAAUUACGCGAAGAGCAGAGGGAUAACAGGCUAGAAGAGGCGGAGAUAGAGAAGCCCACAGCCAAUGGCAGCACAGAGGAGGCGGUCCCAGACGAAAAGACGGAGGAGCCUGUCGAGGUGACUGUGAAAGAGGAGAAGGUAGAAGGGGAAGAAUCUGAGGUGGGGGCAACCACAGAGCAGUCUGAGCCUCCCCAGCCCGAGGGGCCCCCAGAGCCGAGGCCCAAACAGGCCAGUAAGUACGACAAGCUGCCUAUCAAGGUGGAGGAGAAGAGUGCGGAGGAGGACCAGGUGGAGGAGCGCCAGGGACUCAGCCUGCCCAGGGGCUUCAACUCCGGCCUGCUGCACUGGAAGGCUGGAGGGGGGGACUCCACGGCUCACAUCCAAACACACUUCGAGAAACGCAGAGAAGAGACGGACAGCAAGCAUACAGAGGAGAGGAAGGUGGAAGAAGGGGCCGUUGUAGAGAAGACCAUGACUGAGACAGCCACCGUGGACGAUAUGCUGAGUGCCCGACCAGGCUCUCAGUCUCUGUCAGAGAGGAACGAUCUUACUGGGACGUUCUCCUUUGUAGGAGGGGCGCAGACCCAAAGCCCUAUCUUAACCCUGCUGGAGGACGAGCCUCGCUGCUGGGACGAGGCGCCCCUCUCCACGGCCGAACCCUGGCAGGACGCCCUGGCCCGCCGCUGUGUCUGCGUCUCCAACAUCGUCCGCGGCCUCUCCUUCAUCCCAGGGAACGACAACGACAUGUCCCGCCACCCAGGCCUGGUGCUGAUCCUGGGGCGGCUGGUCCUUCUGCAUCACCUGCACCCCCAGAGGAGGAGGACGCCCCCCAGCUACCAGAGAGAGGAGGAGCAGGGCCGGGCCUGCAGCAAGGACGAGUGGUGGUGGGACUGUUUGUCAGCCCUCAGGGAGAACACUCUGGUCACCCUGGCUAACAUCUCAGGUCAACUAGACCUGUCCCUCUACCCAGAGAGCAUCUGUCUGCCCGUCCUGGACGGGCUGCUCCACUGGAUGGUGUGUCCCUCUGCCGAGGCCCAGGACCCCUUCACCACGGCGGGCUGCUCCUCCUCCCUCACCCCCCAGAGAUUGGUGCUGGAGUGCCUGUGCAAGCUGAGCAUCCAGGACAACAACGUGGACCUCUUGCUGGCCACGCCGCCGUUCAGCCGCCAGGAGAAGCUCUACGCCACCCUGGUGCGCCACGUGGGUGAGCGGAAGUCCCAGGUAUGCCGGGAGAUGGCGGUGGCUGUGCUCUCUAACCUGGCACAGGGGGACCCGACGGCGGCGCGUGCCAUCGCUCUGCAGAAGGGCAGCGUGGGAACACUCAUCGGCUUCCUGGAGGACUGCGUGGCCAUGGCCCAGCACCAGCAGGGACCCCACAGCCUGUUACACCCAGCACCAGUCCCUCACCCCGAACCCCCCAGCGUUAACAUGAUGUGCAGGGCCGCCAAGGCUCUGCUGGCCAUGGCCAAGGUGAAGGAGAACCGGCCAGAGUUUGUUCUCUACGAGAGCAGGCUACUGGAUAGCUCUCUGUCCUCUGUGCUGAGCUCUGCCGUGGCGGCCAUCAUGUGUGAAGUACUGUUUAAGAUUGGACGCUCCUCGUGACAGCCACAGGCAAAGACACAGAGGGAGGGGGGGUGCUUGGUCUGACAGCCAAGCUACAGUGAACACGAACAUGGGUGUGCGUGGUAUAAUAUUUUUAUUUAAAUAAAACAAAAAUGUUUUUACAUACAAAUAAAUAUAUAGAAUAUAUAUAGCUCCUAUGCCCCAUUCGCAACCUUCAUUUGGGAUUUUUAAAUCAUUUUAAUACAAAUAUUUAAUACUUUGUAUUUUACAUUUUUAUCUAUUAUUUUUAUUUGUCGGUUCUUUUUGUUUUAACCAAAGUUGGCACCCGAUGAUAGAGAACGUACUUUAGUUUUGGGGUCUCUUGCUCUUUAAAAAAAUGUUUGGUAAUUAUCCGUGGCUGUUUGUCUGUGUGGGAUCUUUCUGAUUGUGGUUUUCUGCAGGAAGAAGCAGACUUAUUUAAAUUGUGAAUCAUGUUGUAGAUAGACAUCUUAUGUAUUAAUGUAAAGGAAAAAAACACUGACUUAACUCUGAAUAUACAGAUCAUCAUGUAUCCUGUUCUGGGGGGUAGAAAGUAUAUUGUGCAAAAGGAUUAAGGGCCUGACUCAAUCAGAACCACUUUAGCUGAUAUUUUGAUGGUGGAACUGCGUUAGAGCUGUCAAAUCAGCAGGAUUCCACCCUGCAUCCCACUGCUGGCUUCCCAGUAGGAGGCACCCUUUCCUCUGGUCUAAAAAACAAUUUCCCAAUGCCAGUGAUUGGAAAGGGAUAGGGAUACCUAGUCAGUUGUACAACUGAAAUGUGUCUUCCGCAUUUAACCCAACCUCUGAAUCAGAGAGGUGCGUGGGGCUGGCCCUGUGUAGGGUGUGAUGUUAAAGGGGUUCUGUGGUCACUAAAGAUCCCAUGGCACUUAUCGUAAGAGUAGGGGUGUUAACGCUAAAUUCCCAAUCUGGCCCUCAAAUCAUCCCCAGCUUCCAAUUGGCUCAUCCCCCCUCUCACCUGUAACUUUUCCCCAGCUCGUUGCUGUAAAUGAGAAUUUGUUCUCAGUCUACUUACCUGGUAAAAUAAAAAUCUACAAGCGGCUCCUGGCAUUAUACCUAAAGUGAACAUUGCCAUUGGAUGCAAUGGAGUCGCAUUAAGAAAAUCCCACGCAGCCUUGUUUACAAGUUUGAACACUGGAAUGUGAGAGAAUUCCUCAUUAUUUCAUUUGAAUGAUUUUCAAUUCGAUGGGUGUGGCUUCGUGACAAUAACCACAAGAGCAGCUGCUCACCAAUUUGACAGCACCGACACAGUUCCACCUCCGUCACCGCUAAAACAUGAGCUAUACGGGUGUCGGCUAUCGCUUGAUCAGAUUGUAAUUAGGCCUUAGUUGGCUUGUUUGGGGGAGAUUAUUAAAUAAGCAUUGCAUAAUAAUAUUACAAUAACAGUAUAUGAGGGAGACAUGAGUCACCCUGUUCAACUGACUUACUUCCUGGUAACCAUAGCAACAGACAGGUAAACUCUCAAACCCACGUGCAGUACUUCCCUCAGUCUUAUUUUUUCUUUUUAUAUAUAUAAAAGCCCAUUUGUAUAUAGAAGUUGUAUAUUCAGACAGCCCUAUUUGGUAUAGAGAAGUGAUGGUAGUUGAUCAUUAUAAUGGAUGUUAUGAUUACUUUGUAUUUGAAUAAUGGAUAUUUGGUGACUCUUCAACUGGAGGUCAGUCAUUUUAUGUAUUUAAAAGAAUUAUGUUGACUGACUGACACAGGUCUAUAUAGGGAUGAUUUCAGUCUGACUAGCUUUGACACACUUAUUUAGAUUGUACAGUCAGCUAACAAAUAGAUCACAAUGGGCAGAACUGUAUUCCGGAAUUGAAUUGUUUUAAAAAAUCAUGUCCGAUUGACAGUUAACAUUUGAUGAACAUUGUUUUCAGUAAAAUGUUUAUACUAUAUGUUCCACAUGUUAAGAAUAAAUGUACAUGAAAUCUGGUUGAGCACUGUGAA